AUCACUGUUGCUGGCGUUGUCUUCGGUCUAUCCAUGUGCUUCGCCAUCUGCGCCGCCUAUAUUGCUCUCCAGCAGACCAAAAACUCGCGGCGACCCUCGAAGAGCGUAUACGUAUGGAUGAUCUGGAUCGAGCUGGCGGCAUGUGUCACCAUUGCCAUUGAAUGUCUGCUCUACCUGCUCUAUGUCAUCCCACCUAGCUUCUACUUCUUCAUGUCGAUAUUGCUCCUCUGGUCGGUACAAAUCCACCUCUUGCUACAGAUCAUCAUCAACCGCAUCCGCAUCAUCCUUUAUGACCGCACCAAAGGCCGCGCCAUGGUCAUCGGCGUCGCCUCCAUUAUCCUCUGCAUCAACAUCAGCGUAUUUUGCAUCUGGAUUCCCGCGCGGUUGCAGAUAAGCAACCGAUACAUCCGCAUCAACAACAUCUGGGACCGCCUGGAGAAGGUGAUUUACCUACUCAUCGACGCGUGCCUCAACUGGUACUUCAUCCACAUCGUCAAGCAAAGCCUUGUUGCCAAUGGUCUGCAAAAAUACAAUCGCCUUGUGCGCUUCAACCAGCGCAUCAUCGUCGUCUCGCUCCUGAUGGACGUCAUGAUCAUCGGCGCGAUGAGCAUCCCGAAUGGAUUCUUAUACGCCAUGUUUCACCCCCUCGCCUUCCUCGUAAAACUCAACAUCGAAAUGAUAAUGGCCAACCUCAUUCGGCGCAUUGCCCUC